AUGUCGUUUGCCGGUCGAAGGAGAGGAAACAAAGUCAAGAAAGGUGUUCAGUUCACCGUAAUGGUUGUCGGUGCUUCUGGCACCGGACGGACUACAUUUGUCAACACAUUGUGCGAGUCGGAGGUUCUUGCGCACAAAAUAUCUGAUUCUCCUGAUACUGCCCACGUCGAGGAAGGCAUCAGAAUCAAGCCUUUCAACGUUGAGCUCGAGGAAGAUGGUGUACGCAUUGCCUUGACAAUCGUGGACACUCCUGGGUUUGGUGACAAUAUUGACAAUGAAUUCGCUUUCCAGGAGAUUGUCGGAUAUCUAGAGCGUCAAUACGACGACAUCUUGGCUGAAGAGUCUCGUAUCAAGCGUAACCCUCGUUUUAGAGAUAAUCGAGUACAUGCAUUGUUAUACUUCAUCCCUCCCACUGGUCAUUCCCUUCGAGAAAUGGACAUUGAACUGAUGCGCCGCCUCUCUCCCCGUGCCAAUGUCAUUCCUGUCGUUGGGAAGGCAGAUAGUUUGACGCCUAGUGAGUUACGAGGAUUCAAAAAGAGGAUCAUGGAGGACAUUGAGCACUAUGACAUUCCUGUGUAUAACUUUCCUUACGAUGUGGAGGAAGAUGACGAAGAGACUAUUCAAGAUAACAGCGAGCUCCGUGCGCUCCUUCCAUUCGCCAUCAUCGGGUCUGAGGAGGAGAUUGAGAUUGACGGCCAGCCUGUCCGUGCACGAAUCUACCCAUGGGGUAUUGCCGAGGUGGACAAUCCCAAGCACAGUGAUUUCAGCCGCCUCAGGAGCGCUCUCUUGAACUCUCAUUUGGGUGACCUAAAAUCCCUAACCCAUGAUGUAUUGUACGAAACAUACCGUACAGAGAAGCUAUCGAGAACCGUACACGCAGACAACAAUGAUUCUUCCAUUCUGCCGGAAGAACUGGCAUCACAGAGUGUUCGCCUCAAGGAGGAGCAACUGCGUCGUGAGGAAGAAAAGCUCCGAGAAAUCGAACUGAAGGUCCAAAGAGAAAUCAACGAAAAGAGGCAGGAAUUGCUAGCCAAAGAAGAGUCCCUGCGCAAUUUGGAAAGUCGACUUGCCGCGCAGGGUUCCCAGUCAGAAUUCCGGGAAUGA